GUCAGGCCCAGGUCAGGGCCAACUACCCUACAGGUUCUGGAAUCUGCCCAUCUGGGAUGGGCACUAGGGCGGUGAGGAUCGCCUGUGGGCCCAGUCUUCUUCUCUGGCCCCUGCUGUUACUGCUGCCCCUGAGCUCCAAGGCUGGUGUCCCUAGUUCCUCAAAGGUUCCUGGGGUAGCACCAAGGAGACCGGAGCCACAGCAAGGCUGGAAACCGUCGGCCCUCAGGCACCAGGAUUCUGUGAGCGGAGCAGAAGUGUGUGGGAAGCCGAAGAUGGUUGGAAAGGUGUUCGGUGGCCAGGAUACAUCUGCUGGCCAGUGGCCAUGGCAGGCCAGCCUGCUGUACCGGGGCUUGCAUCUCUGUGGAGCUGUCCUCAUUGAUUCUCAUUGGCUGGUUUCCACAGCCCACUGCUUUCUAAACAAAUCCCAGGCCCCAGGGGACUAUCAGGUUCUGUUGGGGAAUACUCAGCUGUACCAGAGAACACAGCACACUCAGAAGAUGUCUGUGAACCGUAUCAUCAAACACCCAGACUUUGAGAAGUUUCAUUCCUUUGGGAGUGACAUUGCAAUGCUGCAGUUGUGUCUGCCCGUGAACUUCACAUCCUACGUUGUACCUGCCUGCCUCCCACCUAAAGACACACAGCUCCUCAACUACACUUCCUGUUGGAUAACUGGAUGGGGAAUGCUUUCUGAAGACAGUAAGGGAAAGAGAAGUUGGAGAGGGAGUAAGGGAAGGAAGAGGAGGAAGACAAGAGCAAAACUGUUACCACCCUUCUCACUGCAGGAAGGUGAAGUGGGAAUUAUUGAGAAUGAACUUUGUAAUGCCUUAUAUGGGCAAAGACCAGGCCAAAGCAGGGGCUAUGUGCAUGAGGAAAUGCUGUGUGCAGGGGGCCUCUCCACAGGAAAGUCCAUCUGCCGGGGUGAUUCUGGGGGCCCCCUCAUCUGCUACCAAACCAGUGCAUGGGUCCUGGUAGGACUGGCCAGUUGGGGCCUGGAUUGCCGGCAUCCUAUUUACCCCAGCGUCUUCACCAGAGUCACCUACUUCACUGACUGGAUCAGCCAAGUCAAGGGACUCACUCCACUUCCAGAAUCUGAAUCUGUGUCUCCUCACACAGAACUUCAACCCAGGCCUCUGAGAGCUGCUGGCUCCCCACAGCCCUGCAGCAUCCUCAUAGCUGCACAAGUCUGGUUCCUGCUACUAUUUAUGCCUGAGGCUCAAGACCAGGCCCCAGGGUGAGCACCAGGCCUUUGGUCAUUCUUGGCUCAGGCUUCUCUAAGCUAUAGCUCCACUCUUUAGUUUACCAUCUUCACCUUUUCCUCAGCAUAUCUGCCCAUUCACUGCCACUACACAAAAAGCCCAGGAAAGCCAAGCAAUAAAGCUUCAUCCUUCUUCAA